CGGAGCUCGUGCCGUCAAGGCCGCCUGUGGGAGACCUUCCAAGAUGGCGGCAAUGUAAACAAGAUACGGCGAUAACUGAGAUGAAUACAAUGGAUAGCAUGGUUUUUUCUGGAGAAGAUGGUCCUGAUGGAACCCAGAGAUGUGGAGUGGUCUGCUACCUCCUGGUGUGAAUGAAGCUGAUGUUGCCAUAAGUUCAGAUGACGAAGAAACAGUGUCUCUUACUGAGAGUAUCUUAAAUGAAAAACAAGAAGAAAAGAAAUUCCUGGACAAACAGACUUGUGAUCAUGAGGGAAAAAAUAUGGCUGAAAACCAACUUCCUUCUACAGAAGAACAGGAAUGUCUGGCAUGCCUUCCUGGAGUUUCCUUAGAUAUGUGGAAUAAAUUUCAAAAUCUGAAAAAGAAAAACCUUGACAUGAAAAAUCAAGAAAAAUGUCAAAGAGAUAGGAGACGAAAGAGAAAACGUUCUCAAAAAGGUAAAAUGAAAAGCAGUGAAGAAAUAACUGAAAGCCAAGAGUCUAUAAAAGAAAAGCACUUCAAAGAGCUCACUCAAUAUUUUGGAAUCAAUGAUAGGUUUAAACCACUGGAAAGCAAAGAAACUACUCAAAAGUCUGGCCUUGAAAUCAGUAUAGACAAAUGUGUAGCUGACGGUAAUAUUGCCCAAGCUGAGGAAUUAAGUGAUAGAUUAGCUACUCGAGAGCUUGGUGUGAAAAUUGCAAAAGCUGUUGCUUGCCGAAAUUUUGUGAAAGCCAAGCAAGAUGUAGAGGUUACUCAAGAGGCCCGAAAAAAGAAAAAACUUGCAUGGGGUUUUGAAGCGAAGAAAAGAUGGGAAACAAAAAGCAACAUGGGAUACAUGUAAUUAAUUCUGUCUAGGAAAGCUGAAAAAAUGUAAAGCAGGGGAAAAGGUUUGUUAAUAUAUAAUGCAUAAAUUAUAAAUUUAUUUGUUUUAUUUUGUAAUGUUUCUGCUGCUGAAU